AUGUGGAUAGCUCUAAACAUCUGCCUGUAUCUGUCCCUGAACUAUGUCUCUGCAGCUUCAAUCCUCAGACCACAUAAUUGUCAGCUUCAGGGACGCUUCAGGAUUAACGGGGUGUACCAGGAUGGAGAUGUUAUACUUGGAGGCCUGUUUGAGGUUCACUUAUUCACAGUGUUCCCCGAGCUCAGCUUCAGAACAGAGCCAGAUCCACCAUACUGUGAAAAAUUUAAUAUGGAAAGCUUCCAGCAUGCACAGACCAUGGCUUAUGCUAUAGAUGAGAUCAAUAAGAAUCCAAACCUGUUGCCUAACAUCACUCUUGGAUACCAUCUUUAUGACAACUGUGUGAUGCUAGGAAUGGCAUUCCGUGCUGCCAUAUCCCUGGCUAGUGGAACAGAGGAGUCCUUCUCCAACCUCAACUGCACUGGCCCUCCUCCGGUCAUUGGGAUUGUAGGGGAUCCAAGUUCAACUCCUUCCAUUGCAAUUUCCAGUGUUCUGGGGCUGUUUCGUGUACCUAUAAUAAGUCACUACGCCACCUGCUCCUGUUUGAGUGACAAAACAAAGUACCCCUCUUUCUUCAGAACAAUCCCCAGUGAUGCCUUCCAGGUGCGGGCUAUGGUUCAAAUCUUGAGGCAUUUUGGAUGGACAUGGGUUGGUCUCCUCUACAGUGAUGACGACUACGGAAUCUAUGCUUAUUUGUCCUUCAAGCAGGAAAUGCAGCUGUUUGGAGGUUGUGUUGCUUUUUCUGAAAUCCUGCCCAAUGAUAACAACCCCAGAAAUAUUCAACGUAUAAUGGGAGUUAUUCAGUCCUCUACUGCUAGAGUGGUGGUUGUUUUUUCUACUUUAUCCUAUCUGCUGCCUUUGAUGGAUGCGGUGGUUUUGCAAAACUUGACAGGCAGACAGUGGAUUGCCAGUGAAGCUUGGGCCACUGCACCCGUAUUUCAGACUCCACAUUUCCUGCCCUUCCUGAGGGGCACACUAGGCAUUGCUAUCAGGCGUGGGGAGAUACAGGGACUUUAUGAGUUUCUGUUACAUCUUCGUCCCAGCAAUGAUCCAAAAAACAAUAUGUUGAGGAUCUUCUGGGAGAACAUGUUUUUGUGCAGUUUUGAAACAGAGAUCCAUGAACAACAAAUUAAAAAGGUGUGUACAGGACAGGAGGAUUUGAAAGCCACAUACACAACAUACACUGAUGUUUCAGGGUUGCGAGCAGCUUAUAAUGUCUAUAAGGCAGUUUAUGCCCUGGCACAUGCACUUCAUGACCUGAUGCAGUGUGAAGAGGGGAGAGGACCAUUCAGUGGGAACAGCUGUGCUGACACAAUCAACCUGAAACCCUGGCAGCUGGUCCACUACCUUAAGAAAGUGAAUUUCACCACAGGCUUUGGGGAUCAAGUGUCAUUUGAUAAAAAUGGUGAUGCUUUGGCCAUCUAUGAUGUGUUGAAUUGGCACCCUAGCUAUGAUGGAUCAGUAAGGGUCCAAGCAGUUGGUGUAGUAAAUGAAGGUUCGACAACAGGGAUGGUGCUGACACUGGAUGAGGAUGCAAUUUACUGGAACUUUGAGCCAAAAAAUCCCCCACGAUCUGUGUGCAGUGAGAGCUGUCCCCCAGGAACCAGACAAGCCACAAGGAAGGGCCUUCCUGUCUGUUGCUUUGACUGCAUGCCAUGUGGAGAUGGAGAGAUUUCUAAUAAAACAGAUGCUAUUGAGUGCACAGUGUGUCCAGAUGAGUUCUGGUCCAAUCCAGAAAAGGAUCAGUGUGUCCCAAGAAUAGUUGAAUUUCUGUCCUAUGAGGAUCCUCUGGGCAUCUCUCUGACCACUGCUUCCCUGCUUGGCACCUGCAUCUGUGCUGUUGUGAUGGUCAUCUUCUGUCAUCACCAUAACACUCCAAUUGUACGAGCAAACAAUUCAGAGCUCAGUUUCCUGCUGCUGUUGUCACUCAAAAUGUGUUUCCUGUGUGUGCUACUGUUCAUUGGCCAGCCACAGUUGUGGACGUGUCAGUUAAGACAUGCUGUGUUUGGCAUAAGCUUUGUGCUGUGCAUUUCCAGCAUCCUGGUAAAGACUAUGGUGGUAAUAGCUGUGUUCAAGUCAUCUCGACCAGAGGGCAGAAGUGCAAUGAAAUGGUUUGGAGCAGCUCAACAAAGAUGCACAGUUCUGGUCCUUACCGCACUUCAAGUUGUGAUAUGUGCAGUCUGGUUAUCAACUGCCUCUCCAACACCACAUAAAAACAACCAGUAUAUCCGCUCUAAAAUAGUGUAUGAAUGUGCUAUUGGCUCAGUGGCUGUUUUUUCUAUGCUGCUGGGAUACAUUGGCCUUUUAGCAGCCGUAAGCUUCCUGUUAGCCUUCCUAGUGAGAAAUCUUCCAGAUAAUUUUAAUGAAGCAAAGUUCAUCACUUUUAGCAUGUUGAUCUUCUGUGCUGUGUGGAUUGCAUUUGUUCCAGCAUAUGUGAGCUCUCCAGGUAAAUAUGCAGUAGCUGUGGAGAUUUUUGCCAUUCUAGCUUCUAGUUUUGGAUUAUUGGUGGCAAUAUUUGCCCCAAAGUGCUAUAUUAUCCUUGUUCACCCAGAAAGAAACACUAAAAAAGCCAUCAUGGGAAGAGAAACACAAAAUAAAUAG